AUCUUUAAAACUGGAGAGAGUCUCUUUUCCGCACACACACUGUUCCAGUUCAAACCGUGGAAGCAAAGGUAGACUCAGAUGUCUGUAUCCCUUUUGCUUCACUCACACCGAUCCAAUCCAAUCCAAUCUUCAAUCUUUCUCUCUCUAUAAAGAGAACUCACACACUCCCCAGAUUCACACCCUUCUUAACUCUCCUUCUCUCUUUCUCCGCUUCAAUCAAACAUUCCCAGUGCAAAUAGAUUGAAUGUUGUGAACAAUGGGUUCAUCCAAGGCCUCAUGCAGUGUUUCUCUGCUCCAAUUGUUCAUAGUGGUUUGCCUUGUCUUCCAAUGCUUUGCUAAAAACCAUGCUGACCUGAGCACAACUCUAAUUGUAAAUGCUUCUGAUGCGUCUGGAAAGCCUAUACCAGAGACACUUUUUGGCAUAUUCUUUGAGGAGAUCAAUCAUGCUGGAGCCGGGGGAAUUUGGGCUGAGCUUGUGAGCAACAGAGGAUUUGAAGCUGGGGGCCCUAACACUCCUUCAAAUAUUGAUCCUUGGUCAGUUAUUGGAAAUGGAUCACUGAUAAAUGUUGAAACUGAUCGUACCUCUUUCUUUGACCGUAAUAAGGUUGCACUUCGAUUGGAGGUGUUAUGUGACAGCAAAGGUGACAACAUCUGCCCAGCUGAUGGUGUUGGUGUUUAUAACCCUGGUUUCUGGGGCAUGAAUAUUGAGCAAGGGAAGAAAUACAAAGUGGUCUUCUAUGUUCGUUCAACUGAAUCACUUAAUCUAACAGUUUCAUUGACUGGAUCAAAUGGUGUAGGAAAUCUGGCUUCAUCUGUGAUUACGGGUUCUGCACUUCAUUUUUCUAACUGGACAAAGGUGGAGACUUUAUUGGUUGCCAAAGAAACGAAUCGUAACUCAAGACUUCAAUUAACCACUACCACCAAAGGUGUGAUAUGGUUGGACCAAGUGUCUGCUAUGCCACUGGACACAUAUAAGGGACAUGGUUUCCGCAGUGAACUUGUUGAAAUGCUGGCAGAUUUGAAACCAAAAUUUAUCAGAUUUCCGGGUAUGUAUAAAGUGGUUAAGAUUGAUAAAAUUUCAGACCUAUAAUUUGUUAUAACGCACAAACACAAACACAAGUUUUAUGUGUUGCUUUUGUCCUGUGUAAUGUGCUCUUGUCUUGAAUAUUCAAAAUGUGUAUACUUAAAUAAGGGUAAUCAGGGUAUGCUGAAUUGGACAGUUGGGAAUAAGAAAGGAAAGUUAAAAAAGAAAAAAAAUUGUUUGAGUUAUAAUUGCUCAUGAAUAUUUGGUAGAGAAUGUACAAAAUAAAGAGAAGAGAAGGGUAAUCUAUUUUAAACUACUCUACUUUUUUCCCCCUUUGUCAAAGUGUAAAAUAAUUUCAUCCCAAUAUGAACUGGUUCAUUUUGUUAUAACUAGCAAAACCUUAGUGAGCU